AUGUACGACACAACGGAGUCUUUAGCUUGUGUCUCUGUACAACAGAAGGUGGUACUGGUGAUUCCGCCCCAACCGGAACAGCGCAUCAUCAACUUCUUGGUUGGAUGGUUUGGGCAUGAGAGUUUCAACAAACUCAGUGGCCAGGUCCUACAGCUGGUCCAGGCUGUCUACAUGAAACCCACUGCCUGUAAAAAAAUGCCAUGGAGUUUGACGGCUAGAACAGGCUUGUGCCCGUACAAGCUGAAGAUGGAGAGCAGCAGCCUGUUCCAGCCGUCAACUCAAGUACCAAAGAUGUCCUCUGCUGUUGAGCAAGAAGGAGCUGACGUUACCACGCAAAAACAGUUACUAUGCAACCUCUGCAGCACUGGAAAGAACUAUUCAACUGUCAGUUCCCUGGCAGAGCACAAGCGAAGAAUCCACGGUUUAGGGAAGGCUCCAGCUUUCCAUUGCACCAUCUGUGACAAGAACUUUGUGUAUGGCAGAGACUUUCAUGACCAUCUGGCCAGUCACAACAAGGAGAAGAAGCAUGUGUGCACUGUCUGUGGCAACAGGUACACAAGAAGGUCCAGUCUCCUACAGCACAGGAGACUGCAUGACCCAGAUGGACACAAAUGCCACACAUGUGAGAACUUCUUCCCAACAGACGCCAGACUGAAAGAACACCAGGUUGUCCACACUGGAGAAACUCAGCAUGUGUGUGAUGUAUGCCAGAAGAAGUUUAAGUAUAAAAGGGGCUUGAUCACUCACAUGAGACACUUGCAUCCACAAGGGGAUGAAACACCAGCAAAGUGCACAGUUUGUUCGAAAGAGUUUAAGUGUGAACAGUACCUGAAGAGACACAUGUUGGCACAUUCCGAAGUAAGGCCGUUCUUGUGCGACACCUGUGGGAAGGCAUUCAAGUCUAAAGAUGUCUUAAAGAAACAUACUAAGACCCAUACCCAACCCCAACCGGCAAAGUAUGUGUGUGAGAAAUGUGGCCAUAGGUUUGAUCAGGAGGAUGAGCUAAAAGCUCAUACACCUAUCCACACUUAG